AUUUGAUGAAAUAAAUACUAUAAUCAUCAUCAUUUGGUAGUAUCGUAAAUCGUGUAAAUAAACGAAACGAAACGAAAAGUGUUUAAUAUUUGAGGAAAAGAAAACAAAACAAAAAAAUGGCUUUAUUGCAUCGUUUUUCGAAACUAAAUGAUCGAUCCAAUACAGGAAUAUUUACAUUCAUUGUCACUAGAUCGGUCACAAGGGAUUUACAUCGUGAUGCAACAACUAAAGAUUUUUAUUAUGGUUAUCAUCGUUGGGCAAUUUCAUUUACCCGUGCUAAUGAUAAAAUUUUAGGUGUUUAUCUAAUCCUACGCGAUACAUCACCAUCAUCAAUAACCUAUACAGAUUUUAGUAUUACAUUAUUAAAUCGUGAACAUUUUAGUCGUAAUGAACAAUAUGGUGAAAAACAAUCAAAAUUUAGUGGCGAUCAUCCGGCACAUGGAAUUAAUAAAUGGAUACCAUUAUCGGAUAUACAAACUAGAAAUUUUGGCGAUGAAACUGGUGAAUUUUUAUUGGAAUUAAGCCUUUGCAAUGUGAUGACUGUUUAUGAGACAAAUAUUUGUCUACAAAAUCCUGGAAAUGCUCAACAACAACAACAGCAACAACAAUCAAAUGCAUCGACUAAUUCGGCAACAGUAAUGUUUAAAAAUGGUAAACUUGAAACAAGUUAUUUUCAUUUUGCUACAUUCGAAUGGAAUUUAUCGAUUGUGAUGCAUAAUACAAAUAGUGGUGGUACUGCGGCAAGUAUGGUGCGUGGAUUAUUUAAAGAUUCACAAAAUGAUUCGGAUAUUAUUAAUGCUACCGGUGGUAGUGGUAGCGGUGUUGGAGGAAAAUCAAAUCGUUCUUAUUUAAUAUUUCUUAAUCGUUUGACUGGAUUCGAAAAUUCAUGCCGUAUACAAUAUCGUAUUGUAUUAGGUCAGGAUCAAAUUCGUGAAGAUUCUGGAAUGAUUGAACAAAUAUCCGAUAUGAAUGGUAGAUCUCGUGGCUAUCAAAUUGAUUCACAUACAUUUUCACAAUUAACAUCAAUGGGUAUCUGUAAUCUUUAUUUUGAAUUCUAUAGCUGUAAUCCGAUCAGUGAUGUAAAAGUAUCGAUUACACGUUCAAUAUCACCAACGAUCAAUUGUUAUGAUCGUAAUAAACAAGGCUGGAGUAUUGAAUCAGAUAUGGAGGGUGAAAAUCUUAAAUUAAAACUUUAUUUUAUGGAUAUGCAUUCGGUUCCUCGUAAUCAUCUUCGUUAUGUUUCCUGGUAUAUCUAUCUGAUUGCACAAGAUUUACAUAAUGGACAACAGGAAAAUAUAUUGGUAAAAAAUUCACCACAUUAUAAUUACUAUAUACAGGAUGGUAUCGAUAUGGGUGUCGUAAUGGAAACCGAUAUCCCUGUAUCCGAUAUUAAAUCAUCGUCGGGUAAAAAAUAUCUGGAAAAUGAUAACAUUUUGAAUGUACAUGUUGAAUGGUAUGAUUCGAUAAUGUUAUUCAAUCAUAUCUAUCAUAAAUAUGAUGAUAUAGCUCGAAUGCAUUGCCAUCAAAUGAGACGAGAAAUAGCUGCAUUGACCAAAGAAAAUUAUAGCCUUGAGCGACAAAUAUUUGCCUAUCAACGAUCAAUAUCAAUGGCUAAUAAUCAGAUUAAUGUACAAAAUAAUAUGUCACGUCUUAGUAUAUCAUCACCAUCGAAACCUAAUCCACCGUGUAAUUCAAAUUUAAUCGGUUAUGGAAAUAAUAGUGGUUCGGGAAGUGGUGCUGGUGGUUCUGGUACUGGAACAAAUACACCAUCAUCAUCAUCGUAUCGUUUAACACAAUUAGAAACAAAUCCAGGUUAUUAUAAUCAUAUUGUCGAUGAUAUGAAUUCGGCUGCUAUUGCAGCUGCAGCAGCUAUUUCUGGCGGAUCUAAUUCAGGUUCAAGAACAAUUCCACGACCCGAAGCAAUCAAUUAUUCGACAGAAAGAAGUGCUACACCUGUACCAAGUAGUCCUAUGCAACCAUCAUCAAUUGGUAAUAUUGCUCAACCAUCAUAUCUUGGUAGUAAUCUUGAACAAGGUAUUCCAUUACCAACGACAACACGACAUUCAUUUUCUGGUCCAACAACUCCACAUCAUCAUCAUCAUCAACAGCAGCAACAAUAUCAAGGACAACAAGGUUAUUCAACGCACCAUCAACAACAAUUGUAUCAUCAUCAUCUUCAACAACAGCAACAACAACAUCUACAUCACCAUCAUCAUCAUCAAUUACCACAAAUACCAAGUGCAAAUGUUGGUGUACCUUAUUCAUCAUCUAAUUAUCGAUUACGUAGUCCAAGUUCAAAUCCAAAUAUUGCACAAAUGUAUCAUGAUGAUGAUGGUGGCCGUAGUGAUACGACAACAACAACAAAUACAACAACAUCGACAACAAUGGAUGGUUCAAUUGAUGAUGCUUAUCAAAGCUAUGCUGGACGAUAUAAAUUAACAGUUUAAUAACAUGGCAUAUUAACAUUUAUAAAUGAUGCUUCCAUAUCUUCAUAAAUACAUGCACAACAAGAAAUUGGAGAGCAUUUCAUUUAUUUCAGCACUGUAUGCACCUGAAUUCACCCACGUUAUUGUUGUUUGCAAUUCGA